AUGCAUCGCUCGGGUUCCGCACGGAAAGCCCAAGGUCUGGGAUUACGGGAAUCUCUACAGGCUACGUUCGCGGAUGGAACCAGCGACCUGGCUUUUAGCAGUGAAGAGCUCCAAGACUUGGUCCUGGAGACAUACGCUCUCCGUCCGUGCUACCUACGGGGAACAACGGACGUCAUGCCGGCAAAGAUGCGGGCUCUUCACAUCGCUGCCCAUGGCCACUUCAAUGGAAUCGGUCAGUCAGCACGCAGAAACACGGGAAUUGUGCUGAAGAAACGUUUGAUGAAUCCUGUGGAUGAGAGUCAAAUGGUGCCACUUUGUAUACUAUCAUGA